CUCCGGCAUUAUGGCGCGGCCUCUGAAGUUCGUGCGGGAGGACCUUGCACGCGUCUCCUACUCGCCUGUCCGACCCCUGGACGUCAUCUCAGCCGAGAUCGGUAUCCCUCCUCACCAGAUCGCCAAGCUCGAUGCCAACGAGAACCUCCAUCCGGUCCCCACUGAGAUGAUGGAGGCGCUGACCUCUGCCCUCACGUCCUUCUCCAGCGGCUGCUCAGCGCAGAUCUACCCCGAUCCCUCCCAGACUAACCUGAGGGCGGAUAUCGCAGCCAUGCAUGGAAUCUCUCCCGAUCGUGUGGUGGCAGGAAGCGGCUCUGAUGACAUUCUGGACAUUAUCAUGAGGCUCGUGGACACUGACUCUUGCAUCAUCUGUCCCCCGACGUUCGGCAUGUACAAGUUUCUGGGCACCAUCAUGCGCAUCAACAUCAUCGAAGUCCCCAGAAAAGAAAACUUUCAAGUCGAUGUGCCUGCCGUGGUCAAGGCCAUCCGCGAAACAAAGUGCAAGCUCGUGAUGCUGCCAAGCCCCAACAAUCCUACGGGGACGAUUCUUCCCAACGAAGACAUCAGGGUCAUUUGCCAGGAAGACUGCCUUGUCGUGAUCGAUGAAGCCUACUCAGACUUCGCUGGCGUCUCCGCUGAGGAGCUGCUUGACGAGUUCCCUAACCUCAUUCUCUGCAGAACCUUCUCGAAAUGGGCUGGUCUUGCUGGGAUCCGCGUGGGAUACGCUAUCGGUCACCCCGAUUUCAUUGAGCGAAUGCUGGCAAUCAAGCAGCCAUACAACGUCAAUGUUGCUGCUGAGGCCAUGGCGAGGGCUGCGCUGAAGCAUAGGGAGAAAAUCCUCGUGACGGUUCGUUCACUGCUGAAUGAGCGGGAGAGAACGAUAGAGUUCCUCAAGGCCUACAAGUUCCUCAGCCCGUACCCGACGCACUCAAACUUCGUG